AUGAAUUCUGAUUCGAGCUCUGUCUCCAGCAGAGCUUCAUCUCCGGACAUGGAUGAGAUGUACCUGAGGGACCACCACCACCGCCACCACCACCACCAGGAGAGUCGUCUCAACUCAGUUUCGUCCACACAGGGCGAUAUGGUGCAGAAGAUGCCUGGGGAAAGUCUCUCGCGGGCUGGCGCUAAGGCCGCGGGAGAGAGCAGCAAGUACAAAAUCAAGAAGCAGCUGUCGGAGCAGGACCUACAGCAGCUGCGGCUGAAGAUCAACGGACGCGAGCGCAAGAGGAUGCACGACCUGAAUCUCGCCAUGGACGGGCUGCGCGAGGUCAUGCCCUAUGCGCACGGGCCCUCGGUGCGCAAGCUCUCCAAGAUCGCCACUCUCCUGCUAGCCAGAAACUACAUCCUCAUGCUCACCAGCUCCCUGGAGGAGAUGAAGAGGUUGGUUGGCGAGAUCUAUGGUGGCCAUCACUCGGCCUUCCACUGCGGGACUGUGGGGCACUCGGCCGGACACCCGGCGCACGCGGCCAACACUGUGCACCCGGUGCAUCCCAUCCUGGGAGGCGCGCUCUCAUCCGGUAAUGCCUCGUCGCCGCUCUCCGCCGCCUCACUGCCCACCAUCGGUACCAUUCGGCCUCCCCACUCGCUGCUCAAGGCGCCCUCCACGCCGCCCGCGCUGCAGCUGGGCAGCGGCUUCCAGCACUGGGCCGGGCUGCCCUGCCCCUGCACCAUCUGCCAGAUGCCGCCGCCGCCGCACCUGUCCGCUCUCUCCACCGCCAACAUGGCCCGGCUGUCUGCAGAGUCCAAGGACUUGCUCAAGUGA